GAGUGUGUGAGGAGAGAAAGAGAGAAGAAAGAGAGAGCAGCAGAGGGUGGGUGAGACGUGCAUCUGCAUUGGCUGCUCACUCAGAGCACGAUGUCCGAGUGAUGGGCUGCGGGACGAGCAAAGUGAUGCCAGAGCCGCCCAAGGACUGCUACCUGGACUUUGUGAAGACUGUGGUCAGAGGCAGGACCAGGGGCUGCGGUGAGGAGGGACCGGUGAAGCCGGGGUCCAAGGCGGUGGUCUGCGGGCAGAGCGAGGUCGGCUGCCCAGAUGGAGUCAGGAGGGUCAGAGUGGCCAAGUACAGGGCAAAGUUUGAUCCCAAGGUCACAGCAAGGUACGACAUCAAGGCUUUGAUCGGAAGAGGGAGCUUCAGCAGAGUAGUGAGAGUUGAGCACAGAGCCACCAGACAGCCCUUUGCCAUCAAAAUGAUUGAGACCAGAGCAAAGGAAGGGAAGGAGGUGUGCGAGUCCGAGCUUAAUGUGCUGAGGAGAGUAAGUCACCGCAACAUCAUCCAGCUCAUCGAGGUCUUUGAGACCCAAAACCGUGUGUACAUGGUGAUGGAACUUGCUACUGGCGGAGAACUUUUUGACCGCAUUAUUGCCAAAGGAUCCUUUACAGAGAGAGACGCUACCAGGGUCCUGCAGAUGGUUCUAGAUGGGAUCAGAUACUUGCAUAGCUUGGGGAUUACACACAGGGACCUGAAACCGGAAAAUCUCCUUUAUUAUCAUCCAGGUUCAGAUUCCAAGAUCCUAGUCACUGACUUUGGUCUGGCCAAUUCUGGGAACAAAGGUGGAGACUGGUCUAUGAGGACCACUUGUGGCACGCCAGAGUAUAUUGCACCUGAGAUCCUCUUGCGGAAACCUUAUACCAAUGCUGUAGAUAUGUGGGCUUUAGGAGUCAUCUCCUAUAUUUUGCUGAGUGGAACUAUGCCAUUUGAGGAUGAAAACCGGACGAGACUUUACAGGAUGAUUCUCAAGUGCAAAUACAGUUAUGUAGGUGAGCCCUGGUCGAACGUGUCUAACCUUGCCAAGGACUUCAUUGACAGGCUUCUCACCACGGACCCCAGUGAGAGAAUGGCAGCCAUGCAAGCUCUGAAACAUCCAUGGAUUGUGACGAUGGCUGCGUCAUCUUCUAUGAAAAACCUGCACCGCUCCAUCUCGCAGAACCUGAUGAGGCGCACGUCAUCCCGCUGUCAAAGCUCUAAAUCAGCUCAAUCCACCAAGUCCAGCCGCUCCAGCAAGUCACGUCGUUUACGAGAGAAAGAAAUCCUGGAGUUUAACCUGCGGUACCCACACCACGGUGACCUGUAGCAAGGAACUAGUGACUAUUGAGAUUUUCUGAAUUGCAGAAGUGGUGCAGAGGUCUGCUGAACUCUUUACACAAGUGGUGGGUCCAAGCCUUUAAUUGCUUUCAAACGGCUUCUCCGUAUCUUCACAAGGUUGUGUCGGGAUUCCACUUAAUAAUCGUUCACACUGGUCAAUUUGUCAGUAAUGAGAGGGCACACAUUUAAGAUAAUCACAGAGGAAUGAAAGGCGAGGCUGGAAAUCAUUUCUUUACCCAGAAGGUGGGUGUAAUAUGGAAAGGAAGUCUUUGCCACAAAUAGUUGCUGAAGCAAAUUCCAUAAAUUAUUUUAAAUUAAAAGGAAUUAGUAAGUUACUUGAAUAAAAACUAUUAAAUGGUUGGAGAAGCAAAUAGGUGAACAUGAAUUACACAAUGUGCUGGGGGCAGAACCCUACGCCCUCCCCACCCCCCACUCUAUUCUCUAUCUUCAUGUGCUGAAGCCAGGUUACGUUUUCAUCUAAUGACUCGUGGGUUGAUGUAAUGGCUCGUGCAUUGAUUUAGCUAUAAUCACUUCCAGACUAGACUAUUCAAAUACCCUGCUUCCAACUCCUCUCUAAACAAAUUGCAGACCAUCCAGAACUCUGCAGCCUCUGUCCUACUCUGUAACAGACUGUGAGCCCAGCCUUGCUCAGCUCAAUGAUUCUGCAUCCUCACAUUCAGAUGCCUCCACAGCCUCAGCCCACUCUACCUCUGCAAUCUUCCUCAACCGUACAACCUAGCCUCUCCCUUCACUCAGGGAACUGGCCUGCUGCUUGUCCCCUGCCUGACAUGCUGUGAUGAUGGGUGAGCUUUCAACUAUUCUACAAAAUAUACAGUCAAUUCAUUUUACAGUAUAUUCUGUAAAACGCUUC